UUACGCUACUAUGCAGUUUCAGCAGGCAUUUGGGCGUGGUUUACAUCAUAGGUGUGUGAGGAAGCGGUGUUUCAAGUGUUUCUGCUUUGCCAGCUCGCGACGGUACAGGAAGACCUCCUGACAUUUGGAUUUAACUUUAAAGACCUGCAAAUACUUUUUUCUACACACUGCAAAUUCUGGAUUCAUAACUGUGUGACACUCCUGGGAAGGUGAACUGAUCCUGUUGGACUUCAGUUGGAGCGUUUUUUGGAAGAUGCAUUCCGCCAGAUAUGAAUACGACGGCCGCAAUGGCCGUAACGAGCGGAUUGACUUCCUAACCAGCAAAGAGAAGGUCUCAUCAAAGCGGAAGCUCGGCAUCUUGAUCGGGGUCCUUGUGGCGCUUCUCAUCCUUGCGGCCAUUGCAGCGUUUCUCAUUUGGCUGUUUGUCUUUAAAGAUGCUGAUUCAGAAGCCACUGCUAGUAAGCAGCUCAGCCCAUCAACACGGGUCUUCAGUGGGCAUAUGAAGUUGGUUGGUGUACCGUAUGACCAGGAGCUGGAGAAUACUGACGGCAAAAAAUUCCAGGAUUUGGCAGUCAACCUGGAGGCAGUUCUUAAGGAAAACUACAAGAAAGAUCCACUCCUCGAAAAGUACUACACUAAGUCUCAGAUCACUGCAUUCAGUGAGGGUAUUUUAGCCUUCUAUUGGUCCCAGUUUGAUAUUCCAGUCGAAGACCUGGAGAUCGUGCCGCAGUUCUCAGAGAUGCGGGUGUUGAAGGUACUGGAGCAUGGGAUUAAUGGGCAGCGCAGCCUGGGGAACCGUGUGGAUAUCCAGAUCACUGAAGUCACUGCCUCAUUAACAGAUCCUCGCAUGGUGAGGAACCCCAGAGACGACAAGGAGUGUUUCUACCUUCUGAAGGCUGAAGAAACGGAAAAAACAUUUACGUCACCAGGGUACCCCAAAGGCUACCCCACCAAGUCUCGUUGUCAAUGGCAAAUCCGAGCUUCAGAGGACACGGUCAUAUUUGUCUCUUUCCCUUUUUUCCACAUCGAGGAUGACUGCAAUCAUGACUUUGUCUCCAUCUAUGACUCUUUGAGUCCAGAUUACUCUCAGGCCAUCACAAUAAAGUGUGGUCAGAGGCCCCCCUCCAACCCUCUGGCAGUGGUGUCAUCCGGCAACAUCAUGCUGAUUAAUUUGAUAACUGAUUCUGAUAUCCAUAGGCCUGGCUUCCAGGCCGUGUAUAGCACCAAACUCAAGUCCAACGUUACAACCUGUGGUGGCAUCCUCUCUGAAAGUCAAGGAGUCUUUACCUCCCCACUUUACCCCAGCUUCUAUCCUCCUGCAAUGGACUGCAAUUGGACCAUCAAGGUCCCUGCUGGGAACAAGGUGCGGGUGAAGUUCACCAUGUUCCGCAUGAAAGAGCCCAGGGUGGACACCCAUGAUUGUCACAAAGACUAUGUGGAGGUUAUGGACAACAAGUAUUGCGGAGAAAUUUCCUCUUUGGCUCUGACCAGCGACACCAACGUCCUAAAUGUGAGCUUCCACUCCGAUGUGUCCUACACUGACAAAGGCUUCAGUGCCGAGUACAGCGCUUACGAUCCUACAAACCCUUGCCCCAACAAGUUUGCCUGCGCCUCUAGCAUCUGCAUCGCAAAAGAACUGAAGUGUGAUGGCUGGAACGACUGCGGUGAUAUGAGCGACGAGAUGAAGUGCCAGUGCGGGAAGGAUCAGUUUCCUUGUGACAAUGGCCUGUGCAAACCAAAACUCUGGGUGUGCGAUCGCGUCAAUGACUGCGGAGAUGGGAGCGAUGAGAAAAGUUGCAGUUGUGAUGAUAGCGAGUGGCGCUGCGGUAACGGGGUUUGUUUGCCUCAGGAAGUUGUGUGCGACAAGAAACAGGACUGUGAAGAUGGAAGCGACGAGGCCAAUUGUGAAGCCUCUCUGGGCGUCUGCUCUGACUUCACCUACAAGUGUGGGAACAAAGAAUGUGUCAACAAGGUGAAUGCCGAAUGUGACCGCGUCAUGGACUGCUCUGAUAACUCUGACGAGGCCUACUGCGCUUGUGGCACCAGGCCCUAUAAGCUGAACCGCAUCGUAGGAGGGCAGAACGCUGAGAUGGGGGAGUGGCCCUGGCAGGUCAGCCUUCACUUCCUGACCUUUGGGCAUGUUUGCGGGGCCUCCAUCAUAUCUAAGAAGUGGCUCCUUUCGGCCUCCCACUGCUUUGUCACCAGCAGCGCAGCGAACCUUGUUGCAUCCAACUGGCAAACCUACAGUGGCAUGCAGGACCAGUACAAGCAGGAUGGAGUGCAGAUCCGAUUAGUGAAGAGGAUCAUCACCCACCCAAAUUACAACCAGAUGACCUUUGACUAUGACAUUGCACUGCUGGAACUCCGCGAGCCACUGGAGUUCACCAACACCAUCCAACCCAUCUGCCUACCCGCUUCCUCCCACGUCUUCCCUGCAGGCAUGCCCUGCUGGGUCACAGGCUGGGGCGCGCUCCGAGAAGGAGGUUCAAAGUCACAGCUGCUGCAGAAGGCAUCGGUGAAAAUCAUCAACGACACGGUGUGUGAUGUGGUCACGGAGGGCCAACUCACCUCCAGGAUGCUCUGCAGUGGAUUCUUGGCUGGAGGAGUUGACGCAUGCCAGGGAGAUUCCGGAGGCCCCCUGGUAUGUUUCGAGGAGAGUGGGAAGUGGUUCCAGGCCGGCAUCGUAAGCUGGGGUGAGGGCUGCGCUCGUCGGAACAAGCCUGGUGUCUACUCGCGCGUCACCAAGCUAGUAGACUGGCUCAAGACGGAGACAGGGAUUUGAUGAUGUCGGUAG